GUGUGAAGAAUUUGGUUUUGAUGGUAUAGGAAUGUUUGAGUCUGAGAGUGAGUCCAUUUUGGAAUUGCCUCUUGCUAAGAAAACUCCAAGAGGUUUGAAAUCACUUGCUAUUAAAUGCCGUGAGAAGUUGUCGAUUCUCCACAAUGCAACUUACCUCUGCCAAAAAGAAGAGACUCUGACCUCUUUGGUUGAUGUCCUCGACCAUGAAAUCAUUAAAGUAAAUAGUGGUUUAUACAUAAAUCAUGGACUAUGUGAAGAAACCCCAGCUAAGAAAUCUGAAGUGAAAUCAAAACCAGAAAAACGCCAGCCUAUUCACAAUAAGCUUAAACUUGUGAAAACAAGAAAAAGAAAGGAAAGAUCAGCAAAGAGAAAACCAGCCCCAGACACAUCUGAAACCAUUAUAAUUGAUGGAAUUGUUGCUUUGGACCAUCACAAAGAAUUUCAAGAGGGCAUUGCAGACAUGGUAUCUACAAUGUCAGCCAGUGAAUGGGAUGCAUUAGUACAAGAUGCUAAGUGCACAAGCACUUACCAGUUUGCAAUGGAUAUGGUGGCCAGAACUGCCUUAACUAUGCUAGACGAGAUUUGCCCGAAUGGUGAUCAUGUGGAUAUUUUACAUUCAUUGUCCCAUACACAUAGUCCAUCAGAGUUAAAUGCAGCCCAACAACUUAGACUUUCAUUAAUUCUUCUAGCUACUUAUGUCAAAGAAGGAAAAUAUCACUUGCAAAGGGAUUUUGCAAAAGAAGAAGCUGAGGCAAGCAAGGCAAUGAUGGAAUGUAUAGCUGCAAUGAAAUCAUUGGCUGAAACUAACUCUGCAUCAGCCAGUCAAAACUCUCAAGGAACUAAACGAAAAUCUGAAGAUGCUGAAUUUAUUGAGCAACCUUCUGCUGCAGCAAAGAAGAGCUUUCAUAUUGAUGAAAAGAAAUCCAAUGUCAAGACUGUUAAAGUUAAAGAAAAAGAGGACUAAGAAGCAUGUUUCAUGGAGUGACUAUACCAACGUUGCAACAGUUACAUCCACUGAUCAUGACAUUGACCAACAAAAAGCACAAAAUCAUGUUGACAGAAUAUGGGAUCAGCAUGAAGAGUCAAAUUAUAUACUAGCAAAAGUAUAAGGAUUCAACUUAACUGAUGUUGAUAUCAAAUCUUUGAAGAGGGGUCAUUGGCUGACAGAUCAGGUUAUGGAUGGUUACCUAGCCUGUUUGACACAAAAGGAAAUGGAUAAAGGGUUAAAGGUCAAACAUGAAGUUGUAUCGACAAUGACCAACAUGAUGGAUGAUAAACAUGUGCCAAAUAAGAAGUGCAGAGUCAUGGAGUAUGACUACGGUAUCAUUGGAGCUUAUCACCAGCGUGGAGGUCACUGAGAUAUAGUGAUUGUGGAACCAAAAAGAGGGGCAGUUUAUUUUUAUAAUCCGCUGGGGGAAACUGCAUUUCAACAGAGAAGAGCUAUCAAUAGUUGGAGGAAUUAUGUGAAUAGAAGCAUGGUUUUCAACACAUCAUGGCAUUUGGAAUCAAAGCCACAUGCUAAACAGUUAGAUAGCUGCAACUGUGGAGUAUACUGUUUAAUGUUUGCAGAAAGACAUCUUUCAGGAGAUUCAUUGCUUGACAUCUCUCUAAAAGAUGUUGAAGCAAAGAGAAGGGAGAUAGGAUGUACCUUUCUGCUUUAUGAAGUGUACCUGGAUGAACAAUGUCCUUGCUGUGGAUUUCAAACCAGCAAUGAAAACAAAUCAAAUCUUCUACAAUGCAGAAAUUGUGGAAGAUACUUCCACAAAAAGAACCAUUGUGUUGGAAUGAUGGCUUUGACAAAAGAAAGGACAUUCUUAUGUCACGAGUGUAAAAGUGGUGACAGGAAGAUUUGAAUAUUGGUGGAUCUUACUGUAUUAAUGCUUCCAUUAAAAUGUGAAAGCUGUGAGGCAAUCCAUUAAAACUAAAGCUGUGGGGCAAUCCAUUAAAACUAAAGCUGUGAGGCAAUCCAUUAAAACUAAAGCUGUGGGGCAAUCCAUUAAAACUAAAGCUGUGGGGCAAUCCAUUAAAACUAAAGCUGUGAGGCAAUCCAUUAAAACUAAAGCUGUGAGGCAAUCCAUUAAAACUAAAGCUGUGGGGCAACCCAUUAAAACUAAAGCUGUGGGGCAAUCCAUUAAAACUAAAGCUGUGGGGCAAUCCAUUAAAACUAAAGCUGUGAGGCAAUCCAUUAAAACUAAAGCUGUGAGGCAAUCCAUUAAAACUAAAGCUGUGGGGCAAUCCAUUAAAACUAAAGCUGUGGGGCAAUCCAUUAAAACUAAAGCUGUGAGGCAAUCCAUUAAAACUAAAGCUGUGGGGCAAUCCAUUAAAACUAAAGCUGUGGGGCAAUCCAUUAAAACUAAAGCUGUGAGGCAAUCCAUUAAAACUAAAGCUGUGAGGCAAUCCAUUAAAACUAAAGCUGUGAGGCAAUCCAUUAAAACUAAAGACAAUUUAAUAAUUAUUAAUACAUGUAAUAGAAUAUGUAUAUUGUUGAGAAAUUGAUUUAAAUUGAUAAACAAAAAUAAGUAUUUUGAGCUUAUGCUUAUCUUCAAAAUGUCAAGGGUUAUACACUUCUCAAUGUGCUGUUAGCGAUCAAUCAUUGGCUGAUAAUUUGAGAUGAUUAUAUGUAAAGUAGAGCGUUACAAAAACAAGUGUUGUGACUAUUGCCCAAAACUUCUUGACUGAGUACAUCAGGGCCUAGCACUUAAUUUUAUCAUAAUAAUAAGUAACAAAUUUUGGAUGUAGAUGUCACAUCAUACUUAACAUUUUAAGUGCUUACAUCACAAUGAAAAAUAAAAUUAUAUCAUGGCUAA